GUGCAUGUACACAACGCAGCUUCGCCAUUCAUUAGCUAUGAAAAUUCCAUUAUUUCUUCUCAUUGCAUUGGUAAAAGAAGCUGCAAUGUUAUUAGGUAUCAUGUCUGAACUUAGAAAGUAUGAAGUUGUUACGCCGAAGCACUACAAUGGCAAUAACACAAAAGAAGUUAUCAUUCAAACAACUCAAGAAAUAUUUCAUAUAGAAUUAAAGGAGAACCAGGUAGUAACAACAGAUUCGUUCUCUGUAACCAUCACAUCCAACGGAAAGAGACAGAAAUAUAAGCAGACUAAAAGCAUAGCCAACUGUCAUUAUCAUGGAAGCUUAAAAAAUGGUGAAGGGAAAGUUGUUAUGAGUUUAUGCAACGGAUUAAGUGGUAGCAUUCAUACCAAAGGCGAUAAAAUGUACUUCAUUGAACCUCUUGGCAAAGACAAUAAACACAUAUUCUAUAAUAGACAAGAUUUGAUCACAAAAAAUUUACACUACAACGAUGCCAUGGACGAAAGUAACUUAAAGAUAGUAAAAAAUCUCAAUAAAAAGAGGCUAACGACUUGUAUAUUGAUAAUAAACAUUUGUUGUUUAGAAGCGAAGAGAUCUCUCAGCUGA